CAGGGACUUGUCAGGCAAGUUCCGCCUGUUCACCUGUUCUGUACACACAGAGAUAGCUUCAUUGCGACAUUACGAGCUGGGACCUCAUCAGGCUCGGCUGCCUAAGGGAAAUAGGUGCUACCCAGAGACAGGAUUGUCAACAUGGGAGAGCAGUCGCUGGCUGUCCUGCUUGUGCUAUGCCUAAUGCCAGCUCUGAUGACCUCCUUGACCAUCACAGAGCUCAACACUCAGAUAGUGUACAAGCCCAGUGGUGAGUCAGUGAAGCACUCCUGCAUGUACACAUUAGCACCUGCAGACACAGGCAGCCUUGACAUUGAGUGGGUACUAAUGAAUCCAGACAGUACAGGCCUGGACAAAGUGAUACUCACCUACAUGGACAAUGUUGUUGUCCCAAAAGGUCCACCAGAAUUAAUGAGUAGAUUAUCAUUCUCUGCUGGAGAUCCAAGUAACGGAGAUGCAUCGAUCACCAUUACCUAUUUGGAGAUCACUGACUCUGGAACAUAUCAGUGCAAAGUGAAGAAGAAUCCUGGGAUAGCGUCAAUUAAGACAACACUUAUCAUUCAUGACAUACCUUCAAAACCUCGUUGUUGGGUGGAAGGAGAACAGACUCAAGGAAAAGAUGUGAUACUUAAGUGCAAAUCAGACAAGGGAACAACACCUUUUUCAUAUGAGUGGGCAAAGAUAGCUGGACCUCAGAAUCCAGCAACUCCAGUUAUUAACAUGGGAUCUGUAACUGGAGACCUCGUAAUCAAGAAUAUCUCUCAGGUGUAUACCGGAACUUAUCAGUGCACUGUCAAGAACACAGUCGGGCAAGGACAGUGUGUAGCUGAGCUUUCUGCAUCCUCAGCUAACCGCGCCGGUAUCAUAGCUGGAGCCGUAAUCGGUGCCCUGCUCCUACUUCUGCUUAUUCUAUUGCUCAUCUGGUGUCUAAUCUGCUGCUGCAACAGGAGACGUUAUGAGAAGGAACUGGCAAAUGAUAUCAAAGAGGAUGUUCCUGCUCCAGAAAGUAAUCCCAAUAGCCGAUACAGCAGUAUCCGUACCGCUUUGGGCUACAGAUCUCACAACAUUAGCACUUCUCUGAGGCGAGCUUACAAUAUAACUGCUAAUGAAGAGUUCAAGGCCCCAUCUCAGACAAGCAGUGAGCUCAUCAAACCCAAGGUUGAAAUUGAAUCACUGACUCCUCAGCCAAUCAUCACUCUCCAGCCAGAUAUUUCUCCCCAACCAAGCUUCACAAUGACCUCUCGGCAUACUCCUUACAACAUCCAAAGGGUAGGAGGAGUCCCAGUGAUGGUGCCUGCACAAAGCAGAGAGGGUUUCAUUGUCUAGCAGUAGAGAUAAAAAACUAAUGUGUAUACAACGGAUAAAAAAACAACAUUCUACCUUUUAUAAUCUUUUGUAUAUAAUGGACAUGUGGAUUGUGUAUAUAAAAGCAGAAUUUGUAUUCCAAAGAAUAGGACUUGGAAUUUUAUAUCAGAAAUAAGAGAUGGAAUUUUAUAUCAGGAAUAAGAGAUGGAGUAAAAGCCAACAUAGUUCUUCAACGUUAACAUCUAAACUCAAGACGCACAAACUCCAAGGCAGGAUACAAUAUGUCUCAGGAAAACAGACCUUAUCAGCAUUGGGUAUCGGUUAAAUUACACUUACUACCUUCCAAUCAUUUCUUCUUCCAAAAAAAUAUUUUAUAUAACUAACCUUGGACGUUUCUAUCUCACAGAUUCUACAACGGACAAUUUCUUGUAUUUUUAAAAAUGUUUUUAAUGACUGUUUUUUCUCAUUCAUAACAAGUAAUAUUAUUUACAAUAAACUUUUUUACUUUAAUAUUUUUUACAAAUGAUAUUUCCCAAAUCAAGUAGCACACUCAGACUCCCUAAAAUACUUACCAACUGAAAUUUUGGAAACAAUGUUGUUUCCUCACUGUUAGAGGUGAAAAAAUGUUAUGAAAAUAUUUGUCUCCUGGUUAAGGGAAGGCUGUAACUGCUGGUAAUGUAUAGUAUUAUGCAAUAAAAAUCAGAAAGUGUGUAAGCAUA